CAACGCCACCGCGCCCGUGUUAUGUUAAAAGGCAAAUAGAGUUAUUGGAUUGAUGUCGUGUGUGGUCAGAAAUUGUGGGCGCGCUGCUAUAAUGUGUAAAAUUUACGCUAAAAAUUUUGUGCGCUGCAUGCAGCUCUAGUGAAAAGCAAUAUAGUGAAAUUGAAAACUGUGUGUGCAGAAAAAAUAGAGUUUAAUUGACGAACGAUACUCGUUGAAUAUUAUUAAUGGCAACGUGCGAGGUUUUAUGCACUUAGAAACAACGUAAAAGUGGGAAAAAGUGACGCAGGAGAGUCGGCAGCGCAGCAAGCAGAAGCAGUGGCGUAGCAGCGGAGCGCCCGAGUGGUCGAAUGAACGAGGCUUGUUGCCCGCUCGCACGCACACUCCCGCCCCGCAGAGCUUACGGACGGCAGCGCAGCGCUUGUCUAAAAAAUGCCCAAAUAUCGCUUCGACGACAAUACCAACAACCACAACAUCGGUAGCGACAGACUUGCAUAGGUUAAAUGAAGUAACUAAAUUAAUGCAUAUCUCCGAGAUUGACACAUGUAACGAAAGCAACAAUAAUAAUAAGACUCCCGGAGCAAGUGCGUAACGUGAGCGUGCGCGUGUGUUUGUAUGUGUGUUGGUUGCAUGUGUUGUCAUAUUUUGGGUCGGUGUCCAAAGCUGGAGCAGCAUCGCAACAGCAACAACAAAAACAGAAGCGAAAUAGGAAAAACACUCGAUUCGAGCGUGUGCCCUAUACAGAGUAUAUUUGUAUAUGUGUGUGUGUAUGGCGGCCAUAUUAAACCAAAUAAAUUAACAAAUAUAUGCAUGUAAAAAAUCGUCAAAAAUGUGGGGGAAAAGGCAGAAUUCAGUGGAGAAAUGCAAUUGUUCAGAUGUAAAGGACGCUAUGUUAAAACUCUUUUGCCACAUAUGAGAAGUCGAAGACACAGUUUGUGUACUUCGAGAUUGUGUUACGGUUACGGUGUACGGGAAAUGCGUUUUGCAUGCAUGGAAAAAAACUCUUGCGCUUCUAAUGAUUCCAUGUGUGUGAUUACAGCAAAAAUUGUGUGUGCUAAAUGCAAAAUUUGUGCAUAAUUUUACCAAUUAAAUCUACGACGUGUGCGAUUGUCGUGUGAUGAUAUGCCACUUAAACAGCAGAUUGAACCGUCUGUGCGGAUAUCGGUGUCUCUCCCAUGGGAUGCAGCGCAACGACUGCGCCAACUGGCGGCCGAGGGCAAUCCUGCAUUGCGUGCCCUCGGCAUUCUGUCCGUACAACCUGAAGGCGAUUCUGUGAUAACUUUAAAAGUUGGAGGACAAGAUAUUAAAAUAGCAAAAGAUAAUGUAAACGACGUAGGCGGUGCAAUUGAGGCGGCUGGCACGUCUUCCAACAAAGCCGCUGUAUCGGGUGGCAGUCUGUCGUCGCAACUGGUGGCUCCCAAUUUCGACGGCCCUAGCACCAGCAAGGCUGCCUAUCUACAGCAGCAGCCGCAACAACAGCAACGCACUGUGCAACUUCCGCCUAAUACUUUGCUCGGCGGUGCCGGAACAAACGAUGCAAUCUCAAACCAGCAGCAACAGCAAUUACUGCAGCAGCGACGCAAUGUACUGCUUGGAGCAAAUGGCCAACCGCUGCCACAACAAAAGCUGCCACAGCAGCUACCGCCACCCCAAAAGCCACCCUCACCGUACAGCAAUGCUGCUACAACACCGCCUGUCUUCAAAUCCCCCAACACCGUGUGUCCUAUGGAGGGCAAGGUGCCGGUGCUGCCCUCGCCAACGGGGGCGCCGAAUGCUCAGAGAGAUUUUCCAUUCGAGAGCAUGCGGCAAGCGCGUGUCUUACAGGGCAGGGAGUCGGCAGGAUUGUGUACGAGCAAUAUAGCCACAGGAAGUGCCUCCUCGGUGCCUACAACGGCUUCAGUGAUCGGCGGUCUGGGUCCGCCGCCACCUAACGUCACGUUAAAGGUGUUGAAGAACCCGCAAAACGGUGAACUCAUUACGACGGCGACGCCAGGAACUGCAAACAUGACGACUGGCAACAAAUCUCAAUUUAUACAACCACCGCCUCCGCCAUAUCCCGGCCUGGGAACGAGUUCGAAUAUAAAUGCAGCCAAUAGCAACAAUUCACCCGCCAUAGCGCCGAGUACGAAAUCAGUGCAGCAAAGCUACCAUGUGCCCCAGGGUGCAGGAACGCCACAGCCACAACCGCUGCCCACAGCAACACCAACGGCAACAGCAACAGGCAGCAAUAAUAUUGCAAUAUCAUCUCCAUUACUCGUCAACCUACUGCAAAAUGAUGGCAAUGCUAUUACAAAUCAAAUGAAGUCGCCCCAAAUGCCCGGACAGGGAACAACACAAUCGCCGUUGGUAAAUAUGAGUCCCACUGGCCAAAUGAUGAGUUCGCCCAUGCGCUCUUCCUCAGCGACGCCCAGUGACUUCAUAACAUCUGCAGACGGUAGCGGCAAUGUUUUGAGUCCUGCUGGCAUGGGUAUCGCUUCGUCUCCGACAACAGGCGGUCCUGUUACGUUGCGCACUAUGCAGCAGCAGCAGCAACAGACGCUACUAAGUCCCAGUGGCAGUGGCCCGUUGUAUACUCAACAACAACAGCAGCAGCCGCCGCCACAUCGGUUUCAGCAACAACAAAUGUCCCCGCAACAGGCUGCUGCAUUACGGCAGCAACAAUUGCAGCGGCAACAACAAAUGCAAGGCAUGCAGCCGCGUUUCAUGUCGCCACAGCAACAGCAGCAAUUCCAUGCACAGCAGCAACAACAGCCGCCUGAUUGCUUUGGGAACAUGCCUAUCAAUCCCAUGCAACAGCAGCAAAUUCGUCAGCAAUUACGUGCCGGAUUGCCGCAACAUGCUCAGCAGCUUGCGCAGCAACAACAACAACAGCAGGCACAGCAGCAAGCAGCGCAACAACGGCUCAUGAAUAUGCCGCAGGCAUCGCCGCAGCAAUUCAUGGCUCAUGGUGGCGCUUCGCCCAUUGCCCAUUCACCUGCCUCCAGCCACCAUUCGAUGCAUAGUCCGCUUAUGGCAAAUCAUCAACCGCCAAUGCUAUCGCCAUCGACAACGCCAGCGCAAUCGCCACUAACCAAUAGUCCGCAUCCACAACAGCUGGUGGCAAUGCAACUACAACAACAGCAGCAACUUGCGAACGACUUGCAACAACAACAACAGCACCAACAACUUCAGCACCAAGUACCUGGCGCAACGAACGCGCCGCUGCCACCACCGCCAGACUACAAUCAGGCAGCUGCGAAUUCGCGCUGGCCAGCCCUUAACAAACCAAUGGACUCGGCCACGAAGAGCAGUUUUCAAGAGUUUACUCGCUAUCAAAUGCAAUACAAUCUGCAACAGCAGCAAAUCAAUCUAACCAAUCAGCCCCAGUCGAAUGGCCAACAAAUGCAGCAGCAGCAGCAGCAACAACAACCACAACAACAGCAGGUUCAAUUGCAGCAACCAGCAACACACAUGCAACAACAGCAGAAUCAACAGCAACAACUUGCGCCACAGCAGAAUCAAUUAGUGCAGAAUCAAGCGGCGACGACAGCGACAGCCGAUGGAAACGGGCUAGCUGAUCCAUUCGAUUUAGACGCCUUAACCGCAAACGAUUUGGAUGCAUUACUGCCAACUCUUAACUGUGAUCUCGACUCGACGCUUAGUCUUGAAGAUAAAAAUGAGCUCGAAUCAUUGCUACAAGAUGCCAAGGAUCUUGAUUUGGAUUUAAUCGAAGAUAAUUUGUCAGCUGUCGGCAUGGAUGUGGGUGAUGCACUCAACACGCUGCAGGACGGUCCCAUUGACAAUGCAAAUUCGCAGCAACAGCAGCAGCAGCAACAACAACAACAACAGCAGCAACAUAUUAUGGUCAUGAAUCAAGGUGCGCCGUUGCAGUAUCAGCAGCAGUUAUCUCCUCUACAGCAACAUCAAAUGAUUCUGCAGCGUCAGCAACAGCAGUUGCCACAGCAAUUGCAGUUGCAGCAGCGACAACAACUGCAGCGCCAAUUGCAACAACAGCAGCAACAAGUGGUGCAGAUGCAGCGUUCGCAACAGCAGCAACAACAGCAAAUGGUUACUAGUGCCCAGUUUUCAGUGCAAAAUAAACAAUUGCAGCUGCAACAGCAACAACAGCAGUUGCAACAUAUGACAUCUAACCAGAACCGCACCUCAAAUGCCCAGCAAAAGCAAUUCAUUAUCAAUCCGCACACCGGCGACAUGGAGCCCAUGGCCAGCGAUGACAGUGAUACAGAGGCGGAGCAGGAAACUACACAGCUGCAAUUUAGGUCCAUGUCAAGUAGCCUAAGCAACUUUAGCAACUUCAAUCCCGCCAACGACAUGGUGCUGCCAAGCAAUCUCUUUUCAGAAGAGGACUCUAACUCGGCCAUGUCUGGGCAGCAGUUGCCACUAGCAGGCAGCGAUCAAGAGCGCUCUCGUGAUUCACUGGCAUCUAACAAAUCGAAUCGGGCCCGUAAAAAUAACAAGGCGAAUCACACAGCCACACAACAACAACAGCAGAUCAAGCUGAUCACUAGCGAUAACUUGGCUGCAAAUUCUCCACGAUCCAGCAACAGUUCGCCGCUUAUUGGUGGCAUGAGCUCGCCCGUUAGCGCUGCUGGCAGCAAUAAAAAAGCAAAGCCGAAUCUGUUGCGUGAGAAACUGCAGCAAGGUGUAAAGGAGCGCAAGAUUAAGGAUGUGACGACCACACCGAAACCGAAAAGGGAGCGUGCAAAGGCCAAUGCCAAGACGAAGACCACAACUCCGACAGUAGCAUCGGCGGCCACAACUGCAGCUGUCGCAGAGGAGAAAAUUAAACUGCGACUCAAGCUAGAAAAAUCGGAGCCAGUAACGACAGCAUACAAGGUCGAUAUGUCAACGUUUGAGCAACAGCAACACCCACAGCAGCCACAACAACAACAGCACCAUCAACAAAAUACAAAUAAUCAUUUGUCAACGCAACAACAGCAACAAUUGUCGCAAACGCAGCUGGUGCAACAUCCACAACAACAGAAACAGCAGCAGCAGCAACAGCUCCAGCAACCCCAGCAACAACAUCAUCCAGUGUACAGCAAUUUUUCACAACAGUCCUUGCAACAGCAGCAGCAGCAGCAACAACAUGUCGGUGGAGCUUCCCCUGGCAUAAAUGAGCUCCGUGUGCCACCCCUGCAAAUUCGUUUGCGUGGAAAGAACUCAAUGGUGGUCAAGGCUACGCGUAAGGAUCGUAAGAAGCCGUCGACGGCACAAAGUGCGGGCAUUGCAGAGGCCAGCUCGGAAGAGGAGCACAAAAUACGUCAGUUGAAGCGCAGUUACAGCGAACAGCAGCAGCAACAACAACAGCAGCAAUCGGCUACUUUGUUGCCAUUGGAUGGAGCCACAGAGGCGAAACAACCUAAGCUGACGCACUUAAAUGGCGGGCCCAAUGCUGCGCUUCUUAUUCAGAAGACAAUAACUACACCGGGUCAGCAACAACAACAACAACAGCAGCAAGGGCCUCCACCUCCACAUCCGGCCGCUGCAGUCUUAGCCAAGCAGCAGCAGCAACAACAACAACAGCAGACUGGAGCUAAGACAACAACAAUUGUGGCGGCCAAGAAUGGGCUAACCAUUAGCGCUAUUGUGGAGGCGCACAAGGCUAGUGGCGAUGCUCAGCUUCUAACUGUUGGCUCCACCAAUAUUGGUACGAUACCACAGUUAGCCACGCAGCAACAUCAGCAGCAGCAGACAUCGGCAACGUUGCAGCAACAGCAGCUAACCAAAAUUGCCACCUCGCUGCCGAGCAGCAUAACGCUAAGCGCCAUCACUACUAAUAAUAACAAUAAUAAUGGCACUGGCAAUGGCCCACAACGUGUGAUGGGCAAUCUGACGCUUAAAAAUACCAAGACUGCGGCCACUAUAACGCCCAUUGUGGGUGGUAAGCCGAUUACAAAAAACCAUAAGCCGCCGCCAUACUUCACCGCCGUGCAACAGUUGCAGAUGCAGAAGCAACAGCAACAACAACAACUGGCGGCGGCAGUUACUAUGUUGCCCAGUGCGACGACUUUGAAGCGUGUAGAGAUACCCAAAGUAGUGCAACCAAUGCCAGCAACCACCCAGGUGCACGAAGUCUGUCCAGCCUCAAGUGCCACCAUAACAACCAUGCCAGCCACCAUAACGGCUACGACAACAACUCUGCUCUGUGAUAGAAAAGUUCCCGCCCUAACGACGGCCACCAACAACGCCCAGGACACGUACACGGCCACAAGCAGCACCAGUAGCAGUGGCUCUGUAGCAACUGUAGUGACAACGGCGCCGCCAAAGUCCAGCAAUACAACCAUUAUGGCAACAACAGCGGGAACAACAUCAUCCCCAGCCUCGCUGGUGUCUACGUUGCGGAAUUCACCGGCCAGCAAUGGCAGCGGUACGCCAGGGCAUGGGAAUAAUGGCGGUGGUGAAGACAGCGGCAUCGAAUCAAUGGAUGCGCUUUCCGAAAAGAGCCCCCACCAGCUCUCAUCCAGCAGCCCCAUACAACAGCAACAACAGCUGCUAGUUAGUAAGGCCAAUGCGGCCACUAUUACGAUAACAUCGGCAAUGACGACCACAGCUGCCGUUGCAGUGGCAACAACAACUGCAAUAGCAACGGCAACAACGGCAACCAUGGAUGCGCCACAAACCAAGUUGCAACAACAGCAGCACCAGCAGCAGAAUCAAUUGCAGAGUGCCGAUGAUGAAAUUGAGAAAGCGCUCGCAAAAAUGGAAGGCGACUUCUCAGAAGAGCCCACAAAUAUUAGGGAGUGUGUGCAAAAGAGCUCAGAUUUUAAAUUCGACACCGCCAAGAUGAAUGGGGAGCACGAUAUUCUCGAACACGAUGAUCUCAUCAAAAACUUGACAGACAAUAAAGAGGCUGACCACGGGAAAGUGAAUCUGGACAGCAAGAAACCACUGGCCACAUCAGCACCAGUCACAUCAGUUACAACAGCCAUUGUUGCCACUGCCGUAACCACAACCUCAGCAAAAGUAGUUGAAAUCAAGACGGAGGCCAAGGUGAAGCUGGAGAAGAUUAAACUGGAUCAGCUACCAGCACUGAUGUCUAUAAAAAAGGAACAAACAACUACCACUGACGAUAAGAGCAAUAAUGCAAAAAUGGCCGCCGAAACAAAGCUGGCUAAUGCAGAUAAUGCUCUGCCUAUUAAAGUGGAGGAUAAACCAGCGACGGCGACGGCGACUAGCAAACCAUGCGAGAAGGAUGAAAAGGAAGAGCAGCAACAGCAGCAGUCGGCGGGAGCUUCAUUGCCGCCCAUCUCGAUUGAAAUUCCAGCUCAGUCAGAUGCCGAAUUGCCGCGCAAACGCACGCGUGCCAGCAGUCGCCUCGAGAGUCCGCUCGAUGCGGCCAAGUGUAGUCCAGCGACUGGCGAUUCCUCAGUAACAUCUGCAACAACAACAUCAACGACAACGUCGGCGACAAACUGCACCACAACAUUGCUGAUCAACAAGAAUGUGACUCGAGCUGCUGCAAAUCCUAGUCCGCGACACGGAACGCCUACUCCUCCAGCUUGUGGAGUAGCCACUGUCAAUAACAACAACAAUAAUAACAACAGCAUUAAUAAGCGUCGUCGUCAAGAGUCCGAGAGUGGCAGCAACAGCAACAGCACUGAUGUGAAUGAUGUUGAAGGCAACAAGCGCACGCGUCUGAGCAGUGGCAGUGGCAGCAACAACCACAGUAACAUCGGUGUGUUAGAAAUUGAAGCAACGCCAGCAACAACAACACAACUCUCCAAUCAUGUACUGGCUAAGAAGGUGGAUAUAGAAUCCUCUGACUCAGACGAGCCGCUAAUCGAAGUCGCUGGAAAAGUGCGCAAUUCAAAGGCACAAGUGCUGGUAAUGGGUCCGACAGAGCCAGAAUCGAUCAUUGAGAAGCACGUAACGCGAAAUAGUCGCAAUGCCCACCAGCAGCAGCAGCACCACCAACAACAGCCAAAAGCACACACACCUGCCAGCAACAGCACCAACAACAACAGUAGCAACGGAAAUGCAUUGAAUGCCUCGUCCGCACAAUCCAACAAGUCUGGAAAAACACAACAUGUCGCUGGCAACAACAACAAUAACAACCACAGUGCCAUCGGAUCGACAACAACUGCGCAUGUCAACAGCAGUAACAACAACAAUGCUUGCCAAAUGUUGUCCACAAGCGUUGCCAGCAAUGUAGGAGGACCAACAACAACAGGAACAACCACAACUGCAACAAGCAACAGUCCAGUCGGCACAAUAGUCGCAGGAACAGUAACAAAUAUUGUGCAUGCUACACGUGGUGCUACGGCUGCUGCUGCGGGGACUACCACCACCAAUAACAACAACAACAGUGGUAGUAACGCCACCUCGCCUACUGAUGAAAAGAUUGGCACACGCCGUAGCGUCCGCGCCAGCGCAGCGGCCAACAAAAUCAUUUAUAGUCGGAGUAAUGCGCUUGCCGCUGCACAAGCAGCCGCCGCUGCCGCCGAGCCUAAAGGCACGCCCGGCAAAACCAACUCCAGCAAUGCUAUUGGAAGCGUUGAGAGCGUCGCUGAGGCACGACGCAAGACACGCAGUGCAGUUAUUGGGGAGUCUAUGUUGACUGAGGGACGGCGGAGAAGAGCUUCGCGAGACUACAAGUGACCAGAGUUUUGCGCCUUGGCUGAAGGUAUAAACGAAGCGAGCGACGAAGACGAGCUGCUGAAUAACAACGAUGAGAUCGAAUUUAUAGAAUUGAUCGAAUAUGAAACUGUCCCUUUGGCCGAGGCGCAAACCGAUGACGACGACGACGACGUGAACGACGACCACAUUGAGGGCAACGACGAUGUUGUUGAUGAUUGUGUCGAUGACGAGGAUGAUGUAACAGCAACAGAGCUAACAGGAGCAACGCUAACAGCAAUGGAACAAAAUGCGGCUUGCGGCCUGGAGCUGUUGGAUGAGCACUCCCCAGCGCUUAGUCUAAUCGAGACUUGCGGCAGUAAUGCAGACACGCUUCUAGAGAAUAGCAUUGCCGGCGGCUAUGUGGAGGAACCGGAUCAUUUAUUGACCUACCACAGCAGCGGGAGCGUUGCAGAGACGGUCAGUCUGCUAAUGCCGGAGCUGACCAGUGGCGCGGCCUUGGAUUGUGGCAGUUUUGUGGACUACGAUGAGUUCAAUUUGUGUUUAAAUAACAUUUUAAGCGACGAUGAGGACGACAACAAUGUUCCGGCGGAUGCCAGUAGCAGCAGCAGCAACACUACCACGACCAGAGACAAAGAGACAGCAGAGCGUCGGCAUCGUUGGCGCAAUGCAAGCGAUGUGUUGAACAUGGUGCAGCUAAACAAUGAGCUGGGUCUGAGUUUCCAGGAGUUUGGCAGUGAGGCUGGCGGCGCAGUGACUAUGACAAUGACAGCGGCUGCCCUCGAUGAACGCUCCGCUAGCAGUAGCUCUUCACAGUUGGCGUAGGGGCUGUUCUCGGGCCAUUAUUUAGCUACUGAAUUGUUUUGCAACUCUCUACUAAUACACACACACACACCCAUACACAACUUCUUUUGACUCUGUAUAUAGCACUCUCAUCAAUUCUUCUACUUUCUACUUGCGUUCGUAGCUCCCUUUGUUUUUAGACUUUAUUUACUUUAAACAGUUUGUACAGUUAGUUGUAGCAAAAUGUUGCAAUAAUGUUGCAUCUCUUAAUGGGCAACAUCAUACACACACACCCACACCGACACACAGAUUUCACCCACAAACCCACACAUGCAUUAUUCGAUCUGGACAUGAACAUGCAUAAUAACGUAUUACGCAUGUGAGCACUUUAAUCUUCAACUAAAACUACUUCCCCCCCCCCCCCCCAUUCCGUCACCCCAUCAUUGGUAAAAAAAAUGAUUUGCUAGUCAAGUGUAACAGGAAAUUUUUUCGCAUAGCUCCAAAUGAUAUUUGAACAAAUUCAUUGAAAAAGAGUGCGUACAGAACAGAAUAUUGAAUUGAAAAAUGAUUAAACCACUAGGCAAAGUAGCUAACAGAAGAAAUCCUUAAGCAAAACAGCAAUUACUCCCCCCGAAUCGUGAAUGAUUUUUAAGUUUUUGAAAGUUCUUCUUUGUACAUAUGUAUGUAAAGUGCUUAUGAAACGCAACAUGAACACGUUUUUAGGUUUAAUUUUUUGAUUUAACAUGCUGCGCUAAGUCUAAAGUAAUAUAAAAUAAUGCAAGAAACAGUUCGUAUGUUUUUUAUAAUUUAAAGCAAAAAAAAAAGAAAGAAAAAUGAUAAAUAGCAUGUUAGUUUGACGUAAGCUUGCGUUAUUUUGAAACUUUGUUUUUUAGUUUUAAAUGCUCUUUUACAUUGUAAGCCAAUUAAUAUAUAUAAACAAAUUCAACCCCAAGCCCCAAUCCAUAAUAUGAUGCACAUGGAAUACUAUGCAAUAAGUUAGUCAAAAAUUUAAAAACAAAAAGGCCAAGCACGCAAAAAAAAGAAAGAGUUAUGCAAGACAACAUUAAACAGUCGCAUAGUGUUUGUCGAGAAACAUAUAUAUCUACAUAGAAAAAACGGAGCCGUAUAUAAUGUUAUAUAUUUUGCAUACAUAAAAUAGAAAA